AUGAUUCGCUCCAGAGGAUUAUUACAUCGCCAGUUUCAACAGUUUUUGGAGUCCGUACAUGCUGAGCAUUCCGAUAUCCUGUAUUAUUCAAAAGUUCGUUGGUUAAGUGCUGGAAAAGUAUUUGAAAGAAUUUGGGACUUAAAAGACGAUAUUGUGAAUUUUCUUCUUGAUAAAGACAUUUAUAAUCAAUUUGACGUCUUAGUAAACGAAACGUGGCUUUCUGAUUUCGCUUUUUUCCCAGACCUCCUCGUACACAUGAAUAUACUUAAUCUCAAAUUGCAAGGAAAAAAUCAGUUUCUUCAUGAUAUUUGGCAAUACCUGAAAAGUUUCAAAUUACAGUUAUUAUUAUUUGCUAAUCAGAUCUCUAAAUCUGAUUUUUCUCAUUUUCCAAGAAUACAAUCUUUAAAAUUCGCUAUAUCAAACAAUAAGAUUAAAAAAUACGAAAUUAAUUUGAGAAAACUAUCUUCAGAAUUUGAAAGGAGAUUUCAGGACUUUAGAAAAAUGGAACCAGAGUUUAGUGUUUUUGCGACCCCAUUCAAUGUUAAUUACGAAGAAGUUGAUGCAAAAUUUCAACUUGAGUUAAUAGAGCUGAAUUGCAAUACUCUCCUGAAACAAACUUUUCAUACAGUACCAUUACUAGAAUUUUAUAAAAAUUUAAGUCCAGAUAAUUUCCCAAAUCUAAUUACUCAUGCAAUGAAGAUAAUGACAAUGUUCGGCUCAUCUUAUAUAUGCGAACAAAUCUUUUCAACAAUGAAGCUUAGGAAAACUUCUUUAAGAAACAGAAUUACAGAUGAGCACCUUUCAUCAGUUUUAAGAAUUUCUGCUUCGCAAAUGGAACCGGACUAUGAUGAAAUUUUGAAGAAACAGUCUCAAUUUCAUUUUUCUCAUGCACCAUCAACCGGUAAUGACACCAGAAAAUAA